UAGCUUACUGUUUGGUGUUAUUUGGGAACAAUGGUAUACCUAUAGCUGUUUAGCUGAUAUUGACAUUUUGAGAUGACCAAAAAUAAUGAGCUGAUAAGUGUAAGCAUAUAGGGAUCAAUACUCAUAUAAAUACUGCAAAAGGUUUAGACAUUAAUGUGAGCAGCAACCAGCAACAUGGGGCUUUUGCAAGUAAUCUUCAACUUCCUACUGGAAAAUCUGACAGAAACACUACUGUUCUUGGUGUUAUGCAUUAUUGUAUGGAGAUAUAUGCAACCAAGUCCCUAUGUGUUACCUCCAGGACUUAGGCGUUGGCCAAUCAUAGGGAGUCUGGGUUUAUUCUUACCAACAAAAGAAGAUCCAAGUGGAGCAAAAAGGAUUUUAAGUCUGUCAAAGAAGUUAAAGUCAGACAUGAUAGGGCACUAUUUUGGCUCUCAAUACACCAUAUUCUUACAGGAUUAUGAUGAUAUAAAGCAAAUCUUUGGAAUGGACGCAUUUGCUGGCCGUGAAAAGAGUGGUAUUUGGGAAAUAUUCUUUGGUGGUUUGAUUGGAUCUAGUGGUCCUCGAUGGAAAGAACAGCGCAGAUUCACUUUAAGCACACUUCGGGAUUUCGGCCUUGGAAAAAACAAAUCAGAACUGAUAAUUCAUUCAGAAAUUGAACAUUUACUCGAUCAGUUUGAAACAUACAAUGGUGAGCCAAAUGAUGUAUCAAUUCUUAUAAACAGUGCAGUUUCAAAUAUUAUUUGCUCUUUGAUAUUUGGACAUAGAUUCGAUUAUAAAGACUCAACAUUUAACUACAUGUUGGACAUAAUGGAAGAACAUUUCAACAGGAAUAUAAUUCCAGUUUCAUUCGGAUGUAUGUUCUUUGGAACAAAAUUCAUGUCCUGGUUGCCUGGAGAUAUUUUCAAAGUAAAGCGGACCAAAAAAAUAAUGGAAGAAAUGCGAUCAUCAAUUUUUAAAACUGAGUUUGAAAAUCAUCGUGAAAAGUUUGAUCCAAAGAACAUUGAUGACUACAUGGAUGCGUUUAUCUUAGAAAUGAAGAAAAGGGAAAAUAAGACAGAUGAAGAACAUUGGUUCACGCAGGAACAACUGAACUUGAACAUAGAGGACCUUUUCCAAGCAGGAUCAGAAACAACUACUACCACAAUAAAGUGGGUUAUUGUUUACAUGAUGCACCAUCCAGAGGUACAACAGAGAAUUCGGGCUGAGAUUCACAACGAAGUUGGAACAGAAAGAUUUCCAUCUAUGCGUGACAAGGUCAAUCUUCCUUAUACUGAAGCAGUUUUAACUGAGAUUCAGCGUAUUCAGGUUCUGACACCUCUCACUGCUGGAAAUGGAAGUACAUUUGAAACCCCUACAACUAUAAAGGGAUACACUCUACCACCUGGAACGACCUGUUAUGCAAACUUCUAUGCUGUCCAUAAUGACCCAAAGCACUGGGAAUCACCAGAACAAUUCAAUCCUGAACGGUUUUUGGAUGCCAAUGGAAAGUUUCGUCCAAGUGACAAGAUGUUGACUUUUUCAACAGGAAAGAGGUCAUGUAUUGGUGAAGGACUUGCAAGAAUGGAACUAUUCCUGUUCUGUACUGCAAUACUUCAAAGAUUUAAAAUUACAAAUCCUGGCGCAAAAGAACUGCCAUCCUUAAUGCCAAUACGUGGUAGUUCCACUAUGUGUCCAGAACCUUAUGAAGUGUGUCUUAAUGUGGACUAGACUUCUACCCACUUUCUCUCAAGAGAGUGGUCAUUGAGACAUUCACUGAUCCCUACCUUAGUAUUCAAAGCCUGUACACAUAUUUCUUACCUUAGUUGAUUCUCCGUCAUUCUCAGAACAAGAGCACAAAAGUUGCAACAAUUUCCAAUCACUUCACGUCUACACAUUGUUAUUUUAGAGAAUUAGAAUCCUCUUUUAUUAAUGUGUGUUUAAUUUGAUUGGUCAAAUCACAAGUAGUUGUACACAAUCUUUAAUUAACUCCUUCUCAAAAUUGAUAUUUUAUUUCAUUAUACUGAAAUGUAAUCAGGCAAUAGUGUGAUCAAGGUAAAUCAUUUGGACAGUUUAGAAUCAAUUGAGGUAAGAGAUAAGUAAACAAUCAGAACAGCACAUAGUACUUUCU